GACAAACGCCGAGAAACACUCGACGACAGAACAGUUCUUGUUUGUCGUCUGACUCGUACCGCCACGAACACGAAGCGGCAGUCCCACCUACGAACACUGUCCGACGAACUAUCCGCCUUGCCCUCGCAUUCGCGUCCGCUCCCUCUCGCGUUUCGACAUCGAGCCGAUCGAGCAUCGAGCCGAUCGAGCGCCUUCAUUUGGUAUGGCAUUUUGUCCGGAAAAACGAGCCGUUGUGGCCGCUCUCCUUUUAUUUGAGGCCCUAUCCUCCAGUGAGGAUGAAGAGCUGCCAACGAAACGAAGGAUGUGGGUUAAGCCCUACCUGCGCCGACACCGGGAGCAGGGCUGCUACGCUAACUUGAUGCGUGAGUUAGCGCUAGAAGACGCCGAGGCGUUCCGCUCUUGGAUACGCAUGGACACCGGGACAUUUGAAGAACUGUUGAGGAAGGUGAGACCGCUCAUCGAGAAACAAGAUACGUCAUUCCGCGAAGCCAUCCCUGCAGGCGAAAGGCUGGCGAUCACGCUGCGAUACCUCGCCACUGGGGAAACCUUCGCCUCCAUGGGUUUCCAGUUUAGAAGGGGGCAUAAUACCAUUUCCAAGAUAGUCCGGGACGUUUGCGUCGCCAUCUAUGCAGUCUUGGCCCCCGACUACAUAAAGGUGCCAUCAACACCAGGCGAGUGGGAGCAAGUUGCCCGAGGCUUCGAAGAAAUCUGGCAGUUCCCUCACUGCCUGGGUGCCUUAGAUGGGAAGCAUGUCACGAUCUGCCCACCUCAGGGUACAGGAGCUAUGUACCGAAACUACAAGGGUACCUUCAGCAUUGUGUUGAUGGCCCUUGUGGACUCUGAUCUGAAGUUCCUGUACGCUGAUGUGGGUAGGAAUGGUCAUAUGAAUGACAGUGGUGUAUGGGCUGCCACGGAUCUACGGGCACGUAUUGACCGGGGCAUUGCUGAGUUUCCGAAAGCAGCCCAGCUGCCAAACUCAACGAAGACGGCACCUUUCGUCAUCGUGGGGGACGAAGGGUUCGGCAUGAAGCCAUACCUGAUGCGGCCGUUUCCAGCGUCAGAGCUGGAAGAUGCCGAAAGGAUCUUCAACUAUCGGCUUUCCCGGGGACGCCGAAUUGUUGAAAACGGCUUCGGCAUCCUCCGGAACAGAUUCCAAGUCUAUGGGGCUCCUCUUCGUCACAAGCCGGACAGAGCGGUGAAGGUUGUGAAGGCGACUAUUGCCUUACACAACUACCUUCGGACGAAGAACGGCACGCGGGCAAGGUACACACCACCCGACAGCCUUGAUGUUGAAGACGUGCUCACAGUCACUGUACGUCAAGGCAGCUGGAGAAAGGGUGUGAACGACAAAGCAGUCUUCCCCCUGGAGCGCAUUGGUGGCAGACAACCAGACGACGCCAAGGCUGUUCGUGAGGUCUUCAGAGACUACUUCAUGAAUGAAGGCCAGGUUUCUUGGCAGUGGAAGGUGCUGGAGUAACGGCACCACGACCAAACUGGCUGCGAUUGAGUUUUCCACCAUGAU